GACAUGAAGAGCACUAGAGAUUUGUCACCCCCGCAGACAUACUCGCGCCUCUUUCGCCCCUGGGAUGGGGAGAAGUCCUCAUGCCCGAAGGGCAAGGAAGUGGGCAAAACGGGGCCGUUGUGUGAUGUUGUGAAGACUGAAAGUGUUAGUGCGCCUUUCGAGCAACACAAUCCAAUUUUCGACCAUCAAGAAUUGUACCCAGAAUAUGCGAAUAGACAGCAGAUUCUGGAUUAUAAGGACUACUAUGGAAUAGUGCCUCUCUUCGACCCACUCGCGCGCUGUAUGAUGGAGCAAGAGUACGCAAGAGUGAUCGCCGAGGAUGCCCAGACGAAGAUUCUCAACCUGCGACGCCAACGGCCCAAGAAGUUCAAAUGUCCCCACUGCAAUGUGGCCUUCUCCAACAAUGGCCAGCUCAAGGGACACAUUCGCAUCCACACAGGUGAGCGACCAUUCAAAUGUGACGACUCCAAUUGUGGCAAAACGUUCACCCGAAACGAAGAAUUGACGAGACACAAAAGGAUUCACACAGGACUCCGUCCCUUCGCUUGCAGAGUGUGUGGGAAAAAGUUCGGUCGGCGUGACCAUCUGAAGAAGCACACAAAAAUUCAUUUCGCACCUGAGAGACUCUUCCCGUCCACCGUCUUCCUGCCCUACACCUUUCUGCCUACGUACUGAGACACCUUCGCCUUUGUGCAUCGCCUGGAUUUCGUCCUCUGUAAAUAAUUACUUAUCAGAAGGUGUCAUGAAGUCGAGAAAAAAAGUCUCCCUCCAAUUUUAACUGACGCAAGUUGAAGGCCUUUUUGUAAAUAUGCCAUUGAGAAGUUUUGUACACGCG